UUUGGCGCUCUUCAUUCAGAACUAGUCUGGCGCGUUUUUGAAGCGGCAGCGUACGUCAAGGAGAAUGCAUUUAGAAUUUGGAAUUGGUGCAGUUCCUAAUAUAUCAGUAUAAUGUCGUGUACGUUUCUUUCACGCAACCGUGAAUGACUUGAAAAAUGUCUGGAGCACUUUUGGGAGCCGUGGACCACAGAACUGCUACGAUAUUAGCAUCUCGUGAGGUCUGCUAGCUUGUUGUGUUGUGAAACUUAUGUCGGCUGGAAACAAACAGCUGUCCGCCUCUGAAAAUGAACUGUGCAGCUGCUGUUUAUUCACACGCUUAAAGGUUAAUAAGAAACUGUAAUAAUCCCUUGAAGACGCAGUCAGUUACGAAUUCAACCUUGUUGAUCUCUUCAAAUUAUGGCUGGUGUUGUGGCUAUGGCUUCUGUCAUUGAGGACUUUGACACUCAGCCUUGCAAAAAGUCUCGCAAAGAUGGUGGCAGUCCUGUGGUCAAGACAAUCCCAAACUAUUUCUCUCCAGUGCCAAAACCUGUGGAAAAACCUUUUUCUCCUCCUCGCUCGAACAAGAUCAUGAACUACUUUAGCCGGAAGACUCCAUCCUCUAAAGAAAAGACAAACUCACCAGAACAAUCUAAAGAAAACUGUCAGAGCUCUCACUCUGCUGAAAAACACACCAGCCCAGAGGUGGGAAAACAGCCGUCUCAGAAACGGAGAAGAAAGACCAGCAAAGCUGCAAGGAAGCUUGUGGCAGCUGAAACUGUCAGUGUCAAUGACAAUUUGAGCUGCUUUAUUGUAGAAGAGUCACGUGAAAGCAAAGACUCUGAAGCAGAUGGAGUUGGAAGCUGUGGGAUUCUUGGCAACGAUACGGAAGCUCUGAUGCUAAAGAUUAGUGCCGAGGAUCGUGUCACUGCUGAAACGUCCGGAAUCACCGAUGUAAAGACUUCCAGUGAUGAGCAGGCUGAAAGAGAUGAACCUCCAGAAGAUUCUUCCAAAUGUGAGAACAGUGUCAAACCUGAAUCACCAUUAAACACUACAGAGUUAUCCCCAGCUGUAUCUACAAAAAGUGAAGUAAAACGGGUUAAAGCUGCUCCACGAAAGGAUCGGAGGAAGCAGCAAAGGGAGGUGAAGCAUCCAGAGGAGAAAGAAGCUGAGAGUUCACAGUGUGGCUCUGCCAAGGAGGACAGCUUGGAUGAAGCCUCUCAGUUAAAUAAAAGCACAGUCAAAAUCUCUUUUGAGGAUUUUCUGCGUAGUCAGAAUGAAGUUAAGACCGAAGAGGACGUGAAGGAUGACAAGGGCAAAGAAGAUAUUAGUAAAAUCACAGCAGAUAAAGUGAACUCUGGACAGUUGGACAUCCCAAAAGAUGGAGAAAAUGUGGUUUCUCUUGUGCCAUCUGUCCAGAUCUCCCCCCGAACUGUCACCAUCAAGGCUGAGGUUCAUGCAGUCUCACCUAAACAUGAAGCAGUUAAGCUGGUUGGAAAUUUCGCUUCAAUCUUCAACCGGAAGAAAAGUACAAGUAGUCCAGCAGAGAAAGCCUCGUCUCCUGCAGAGACAGGACACCAGUUUCCUUCUUCAAGUGUCAAACGAAAGUCCAACGUGGUUCUUCAAGAGGAGGAUCUCGAGGUGGUGGUGCUUGAGAGCGAAUCCACUCCAAAGUGCAGUGAAAAAGAAAGGAAACAGUUCAUGGCGGCCUUUAAACAGCCCAGCCUAGAUGGGUCCAAAACUAAACCCGCUAAGAGCCAAAGCAAACAGAAGCAAGCAGCAGAAAAGAUUUUAGAUGCUGCAGACAAAGUUGCUGAAAAUGACACAGCAGCUCCAACAUCUGUUAAGGAAGUCUGUCUGGAAAACAAAGCAGCCACAAAGAAACCUGCAAACAAAGGAAGAAACAAAGCUAAAGACAAAAAAGAGGCGGCUGAGGCCUCACCUGCUGUGGAAGAAACUUCCACUGCAGUUGUCGAUGUAGACAACAAAAGCGAGGAGCCUCCCACCACCUCAACGCCCUCAGCUGUGAGGAGGUCAAGACGUGAAACUGUGGUUAGACAAGCACUUCAACCCACCCCAACUACUCCUGCUAGAAAAACCAGGAGACAGACCGGUUCAGAUGCUGCCGUUACAGCCGCUUCACCUCAGGACAGCCCGUUGAAGAUAUCAGCACCGAAGACACCCAAAUCCAAACAUGGAGUGUUUGUUGCAGAGAUUGUGUGUUCACCAGAUGUCAAACAAAGUCCCAUCAGGAUUAAAUUUAGUCGAGUUCGUAAAAAUGUUUCCGCAUCAAAGACUGACGGUGGAAAUGACAAAAGCUCUUCUGUGACAAAUGAAACAUCAAGUAAGUCUGAAAAAAGGAAGCAGGCUAAGAAACUGGUGGAAAAGGCCAAAGUUAUCCAGCAAAGUAAGAAGACCUCUGUGGAGGAGAACACGCCAAGGCGUUCCUCACGUACUAAGACGUCCGUCAAAAGGAGCUACUGUGAAGAUGAGGAUUCUGUCAUCUGUGUGGAGGACUUGUCCACCAGCCCUCAGACUCCAGCAGAAAAGAGUAAAACCCAGAAGCCUUUGCGCAGUCUCAAUGAUGUUCUGGGCAAAGCUACAGCAGCUACUAAAGAGGCCAAAGCACAUCCAGUGGCCUCACUGGGCCAAGAGAAGUCUGCUCGGAAGGUUUCGGCUGUGAUUUCCAUCUUUGAUGACAGCAGUCAGGACGGCUCAGAGAACUCCCAGGAUGACGAGCAGUUCAGGGCACGCAGAGAGUUCCUGAAAAGUGGAUUACCCGAAUGCUUUAAAAAACAGAUAGCCAAGACUGCUGCCACCAAGGAGGCAUACUCGUUGUCCUGUUCCUCCUUCCAGCCAAUUACACACACGACACAGCAAAAUAAUGGCCCUUUUUGGAAUCUGCCAUGGCCUGAGUCUUCAGCAUUAAGUCAUCUGAAAGAGCUUUGGAGUCCAACAUUAAACCCACUUCCACAUGUUACAGGCUCGCUUUGUGUGAAGACUGUACCAGCAUGUAGGAACUUUGGUGAAAAGGGGUCGGGCUGGAGAUCGGAGAUUCCUGAAAGUGUUUGUCAGCUUCUGAUGGAGGAGUUAAGCACUUCUAACCCUCACUUCCCUGCACAGAUGCACAUCUCCCGCCUCCUUAAGAGACGUACGGACCAUCAGCAGCAGCUCACAGCUUCAGAACAAGUAGCCGCGACCAAAGAUGGCUCCAGCACCCCAUCACUAGCUGAAUCUGUUGGAGGAAAGAGGAAGAGGAAGGAUGAUGAGGGGGGAAAUUUGGUGAAGGUGGCUAAGAAGCAGAGGUCUACACAUUCAGAAGAGAAUGUCUCUGUGGCCGAACCAAAGGCACCAAAAAGAGGAGGCCGAACACGACGAGCUCAAAGGUCCAGACUAGAGGAGGAGGAGGAGGGGAUGAAGGAUAAAACCAAGUCUUCACUGACAUCUGCUCCCAGUACAUCUGAGGAUGAUGCUGUGAUUGUAAUAGAUGACUUGAUUAUGGUCGAGGAUGCAAUAAAAAAAGAUGUGGUGAUGGAAGACGUGUUGUGGACAGACAAGUAUCAGCCCCAGCACUCUAGUGACAUCAUAGACAACACUACCUCAGUGAAGAAGCUGCACAGUUGGCUGAAGGAAUGGAAACUCCGUGCGGACAGAGAAGAGAGAACAAAUCAGAAGGUCAAGAAACACGAGGAAGGCAGCAAUGACUCAGACUGGGACUGUGGAGAAGAGAAUGGAGAGGACAUGUUGUGUAAUACAAUGCUUAUUACGGGACCUACAGGAGUAGGAAAAACCGCUGCAGUGUAUGCUUGUGCCCAGGAGCUGGGCUUCAAGGUGUUUGAGGUGAAUGCUUCCUCUCAGCGAAGUGGCCGUCUUAUUCUGUCCCAGUUGAAGGAAGCUACUCAGUCACACCAGGUGGAUAGUCAGGGGGUCAAUGCCCACAAACCCACCUACUUCAACAGCUAUGGUACAAGCAGCAGUGCUGGCGCCAUCAAGCCUGGAUCUUCUCCAAGAAAGGUUAACUCUCCUCGCAGGGUGGUUUCAUCUCCCAGGAAACAUCCCCAGUCACCAAGAGGUGCUAAAAAAGGAGGACUGGCUCCAAUGUCUUUGGCUAACUUCUUUAAAAUGGGUCAGCCAACCAACAAAGAGCCACCCAACACUAAAAAAAAUGAACAAACUGCUGCUUCCAAAAAAGUUGUGAAAGCAAAUGAGAGUGGCAGAAAAAAUAAAGACCCUGCAGCCAAAUCACCGGCAGCUGAGAAGACCACUGAAGAGCAGAGCAAGAAGACGGCCACAUCACUUAUCCUGUUUGAAGAAGUGGAUGUCAUUUUUGAAGAUGACUCAGGUUUUCUAGCAGCCAUCAAAACAUUCAUGACCACUGCAAAGAGGCCAGUGAUUCUCACCACCAGCGAUCCUGCUUUUAGCAGCAUGUUCGAUGGAUGCUUCGAUGAAAUCCAUUUUAAAACACCUUCAGUUUUGAAUGCGGGCAGCUACCUGCAGCUGCUGUGUCUGGCUGAGAACGUGAGGACAAACCCAUCAGACGUCGCUUCGCUGCUCAGACUCAAUGGCUGCGACAUCAGGCAGAGUUUACUGCAGCUGCAGUUCUGGGCUCGCAGCGCCGGAGGACAAUAUUCAACAAAGUCGCUGAUGCAUGCUGGCAAAAAUGGUGCUGAAACGAAGCCAGAGACUGAAGAGUCGGCUGACAAGCCUAAGACUGAGCUGUCCGAUCUACCUCCCUGUGACACAGGCUGCACUGAGAGCAAGCUGGGCCUGCUGAACAUGGAACCUGAGAGAGACAUUUGGGAACUUUUCAAGAGCCAGAGUUUGAUGGAGGAGACCGUUUGCUGGGAACUGCUGACACACAGCAGGCAACGAGGAGUUGAUCUGCUCUAUUCCAACAUGGAGACCCUUCUACCUCUACCUCUCACAGAGCUAAAUACCUCUAAACCUGAACAUUGUGUUUCUUUAUCACAAGACCAGCAGCCAUUAUCAACACCUCUGCAGUCAGACACACUUCCUCCCACUGUCACCUCACUGCACACUGCAGAGUCUGCUGAUUGCUCAGACAGUGGAAGUCCAGUUAAAGUAUCCAGUAGAAUGAAGAAGUACAAAAAACGACACUGUCUACCUGAGCAGGAUGGACUUCACUCUGAGUCAGACUCAGAGGAUGGAUUUCCAUCUCUUUGCAAGCCACAGAGCAGACCUCAGGCUGAAGAGAAGGUUGAGACUCAUGUCGUUUCAGAAAACUUAAGAAGGAAGCUGCUGACUCCAGAAGAGCGAAUAAAAAGUUUUCCAGUUUCACAGUGUCUUGAAUCACUAGCUGACUUCUUAGACAACAUGUCCUACAUUGAUUCGUCCCUGCUUUUCCAUCCACUCAGUAGAAACAAUCACAGCCUGUCAACAGUCAGCGCAGUCAUUAAAGACGGAAUGACAGAUGAGUCUAGGGUGGAGACUGAUGGAGGAAGCAGGUCGACACAGGGCUGUGUCUUAGAGGUUCAGGCGGCUGUGGAGGCCCUGAGCUUCCACAAGUGCCAGGCUUUAGUGGCGAAAGCCUGGGACAAAGUCCAACAACUAGAGGGGGAGCUGGGGAAAGAGGCGGCUGCUGAACUCGCCCUUCCAGUUGCUGCUCAUCGGGAAAGUUACAGCUUCACUCCGGAUGGUCCCUGUCCCCCACAGUUGAUCCAGAGGAGGAGAGAAUUGAUGGAGAGUCUGAUGUUUAGAGGAGUUUUUGGCUCUUUUGGCAAUAAACCAGCAGCUGCUUUGGACUAUUUGCCAGUCAUGCGGACUAUCUGCAGAUCAGAGCAGCUUAAGGAGCAAGGAAAAGUUAAACGAAGGUUUCUGCACUAUCUCAAUGCAAUCAUCUUGGGUCUUGAGAAAAGCACUCUACAGCUUCUUGCUAAAGACUUUCCCUAAUCCAGACAUCUGUGUCCAUGAUCACACACAGGCCUGGAUGAAUACCUGCAAGGCUGCAGAAGGAACAACGGAUGUAUUUGACCGUUAUGGUGCAGAUGAAUUUAUGACUGACCUCAGCUUGAGAUUGUUUGCUCAGCACAAAAAUGUUUUAGGGUGCAAAAUUUAAAACAAUCUCAUGACAUCUUGUGGUGCUUUGAGAGCUUUAUAUGAAAUUUGUAAAAUUGAAGUGUGUGGGGAGGGGUGUACAGUAGUGUUUUUUUUAUGAGUAAAAAUUACAUUUCAGACAAGACUGAGUCCUUAUUUGUAAAAGAUGAUCAUGUAAAAUAGAAUGUGUUUCUGUAUUAGUAAGGACUGUAAAUGGUCCUUUACAGGCCUGUUUCCUAACGUUCAUAAAAAGUAGGCAGCUUUUGACAAAGUUUUUAUCCAUCUGUCUACAUUGAUGGUCUCAUUUACCACUGCUUUUUGUAAUUUUUUCCGUCUUAAAUAUGUACAGAUUUUUUUUACUGUUGGUUUUUGUUGUGACAGAAUAAAGCCCUUACACA